GCAAAGGACUGAGAGAUAAGCCAGAUGGUGCGUCAAUUUAACGCUUUGUCAACACAGUAGAGAAAUUAAUCUGAAUAAGAACACAAAUGUCGUUCCUUAAAGUUCGUAUUUUGCGUUAGAAAUAUUUUUAAAGGUGUUUUUUUUAAACUUAGGCAGCGCUCUUGAGCGCGUUAGUAGGCAGUAUGGGACUGCUAUUGACAGGCGGCCAUACCCGGAUACCAACACUGCAGGCAUGUAAAGGCUGCCGGUCUCAUCUGACUGAUGGGUGUGGACAAUAACAUUUCCUCUGCGUCUGAAUGUUCGUCUGCAGGAGAACCAAAAAGUCUCCACCUGCAGCUGAGCCUCAAAGACAAUCACCAUGGACCCGUCCAACCAGAAGCACUUCACGCUCGUGGACUAUGGGAUAUUUGGGUUGUUGCUCGCCGCGUCGAUGGCCAUUGGGCUGUACCACGGCUUCACAGGUGGACGUCAGCGCACCACGCAGGAGUUCUUGAUGGCCGACAGGAGCAUGCGCUGUCUUCCUGUGUCCCUGUCACUCAUCGCCUCAUUUCAGUCGGCCGUGGCGAUUAUAGGCGUACCGGCAGAAAUCUACACUCAUGGUACUCAGUACUGGUUCCUCGGCUGUGCUUACAUUCUUGGACUCCUUAUUCCUGCUCAUGUUUUCAUUCCAGUGUUGUACAGACUGCGGCUCUCCAGUGCUUAUCAGUAUCUUGAACUGCGCUUCAGCAAACCAGUGCGUAUCUGUGGGACUCUGACCUUCAUCUUUCAGAUGGUUAUCUAUAUGGGAGUUUGUGUCUAUACUCCUGCCUUUGCACUAAAUGCAGUUACUGGAUUUGAAUUAUGGGGAGCGGUGCUGGCCACUGGACUUGUGUGCACAUUAUACACUACAAUAGGAGGUUUGAAGGCGGUCAUAUGGACAGAUGUCUUUCAGACCGUGGUGAUGUUUGUGGGGCAGCUGGCUGUCAUCGUGGUGGGGGUACUGCAGAGCGGAGGAAUUUCUGAAGUCUGGAGGAAAGCCUCAGAAGGAAACCGCAUCGCCGUGCUCGACUUAAACCCAGAUCCUACAGAGAGACACACGUUCUGGACUCUGGGGGUUGGUGGAGUCUUCCUCAUGCUGUCGCUGUAUGGAGUAAACCAGGCUCAGGUCCAAAGAUAUCUCAGCGCACGCACAGAGAAAGAAGCUGUCAGGUCGUGCUACAUGGUGUUUCCCUCCCUGCAGCUGGCUCUGGCUCUGAGCUGUGUCAUGGGCCUCGUCAUGUUUGCACGUUACUGUGGAGAGGAUCACACGGACAAGCUGGGCUCCUCGACACGAGAUGCAAUGGUGAUCUACUUUGUGAUGGACAUGCUGCAGGGUCUGCCGGGACUUCCUGGACUAUUUGUUGCCUGUUUAUUCAGUGCAGCUCUCAGCACCAUCUCUUCUGCUUUUAACUCUUUGGCCACUGUAACGAUGGAGGACUUCAUCAAACCACAUUCUCCUGCCAUGACUGAAGCAAAAGCAACCCUGCUGUCCAAAGCCUUAGCCAUGUCCUAUGGGCUGCUCUGUCUGGCCAUGGCCUAUCUCACUCACCUGAUGGGAGAUUCAGUCCUGCUGGUGGCUUUGAAAAUCUUCGGGAUGGUUGGCGGUCCCAUUCUUGGUCUGUUUUGUCUCGGGAUGUUCUUCCCCUGGGCUAACUCCACUGGAGCAUUGGCUGGUUUGGGGGCGGGACUUUCUCUGUCUUUCUGGGUCGGCAUUGGAAGUAUCAUCACUAGAAGCUCCAGUGCGAGACCGCUGCCGCCAACAUGCAGAGCCGUCAACGCAACUACUGCUAUUCAGACUGCACUUACUAACGUCACUCUGAGCCAACCGACUGGCCUGAGGAGGUUUUAUUCGUUGUCCUACAUGUGGUACAGUGGGUUCAGCUGCUUCUCAGUCAUCCUCACUGGUCUGAUCAUCAGCUUUAUCACAGGCCCUAUGAAAGAGGAAGAUGUGACACCAGGAACAAUCUACCCCUUAUUUGGGAAACUGUUUUGUUUUCUACCUGAACACCUCAAAAAGAAGCUCUGCUGUGUGACUCCUCUGGCUCCAAUGGCAUCAUCACAACAGAACCAGCCUCCACAACAGAAAGAAAGUAAUGGACUAGUGUCACAUGAAGACGUCCAAUCAGCAGGGGAGACGGAGUCUUUCCUCCCUGAGACAAACACGCCUUUUGUGGAGUUUGAGACAGGUGUGUGAUGACUCAGCUCCAUAUUUGACUGGAGAACCAUUUACAAGCCUUUAUAGGGAGAAUGUGGACUAAAAAAUAGAGAUUUAAUCAUUUGUUUGCCUUUGCUUUGUGGCAUAGAGACAAUAUUUAAAUCUGCACUAUGAAGUGAUGAUCACAGUGAUGAUCAAAGAACUGAACAUCAUCAGUCUGCACUUGUCUGUUUUAUGUGAACUGUCAGAUAUCAAGAAAAUUAUGGAACAGCUAAAAAUAUAGAUGUAUUUACUUUGAAUUCAUACACAUUAUCAUGUAAAUGUGUAUAAAAAUUUCUGCUUGACUGUUGUUUACUACUGCUAUAGCUGUCUGAAUGAACCACUCACUUUAGGAGAUGAGUGUUAAAUAAAAGAUUGACUUUUGUCUUUAUGGAUGCCAAAACAAACAGUUUUUAUAAAGAAUAAAGACUUUUAUACUUGA